CUUUGAUUGUAAUAUAUGUCUCGACUUGGCUAGGGACCCUGUUGUAACUUGUUGUGGUCACCUAUACUGCUGGCCGUGCCUUUAUCGAUGGCUACAUCUACAUUCAGAUGCCAAGGAAUGCCCUGUAUGUAAAGGAGAGGUUACCAUGAAGACUGUGACGCCAAUUUAUGGUCGUGGCAGCAACACGCCUAUGACAGAGGAGGAUGCUGCACUUAAGAUCCCUCUAAGGCCUCAUGCUCGGAAGGUUGAAAGUUUGAGACAAACCAUUCAGAGGACUGCACUUAAUUUCCCUAUGGAUGAGAUGAUUCGUCGAUUGGGGAAUAGAUUUGAUUUCAAUCGUGAUCUAGACCAACCGCCGGAGCCAGACGGUUCACAUGAAACAUUUGGUCGAUCUCCAACCUUGUUGAAUAGGAUUUUAACAUCCAGGGGAAUUCGUAGAGAACAAAUUUCACUGCACCCCCAUGAUGAUGUAGGAGUUUUAGAACUCCCUCAUGUGUCUGGCACCGAGGCAGGGGAUACCCGUCUUCAAUCUCUCCCAGUGCUUCGAUCAUUACUACACAGGACAAGAGUUUCUUCUCUGACCUCUGCGUUUAAUACUGCUGAUAGGCUUCCAGAGGGCUUUUUGUAUACCGAUCCGCUCGUUCCUAGACACCAGGAGCAGCCUCCUCCGCCUGUGGAGGAUAGAGAUUCUUUCUCUAGCAUUGCUGCUGUUAUAAAUUCAGAGAGUCAAAUGGACACCGCUGUAGAAAUUGAUUCCAUGGUCUCCCAUUCAACAUCAUCAUCCAGAAGAAGAAAUGAUUCUUUGCAGGUGUCCGAUGUAGACAGUGGAAACUCUCGGGCGCCCAGACGAAGAAGAUUGGCAUGAAAGGAGGACCUCUAUCUGAAUCCCAAGAUUGGGAAAUGAAUCAUGACUAAUAUUUCCACACCUAUGUAAGUUCUACUUGCAUUUAUUUACUUUUUCACUAAGAAAAAAGCAUUGCCUCUUGCUUCGACAACGGACUAUUACAUGGUCGAUAUUCAAUUUUCUUCGUUUUACUGCUCUUAUUGUACGUGAAUUGAAAUGUAGGCAUACUUCUUGAACAUAUGGGAAGCAAAUAAUUAGUAAAUCAAGUAGAGAGUACUUUCCUUUAUCUCCUCCAUAUGUAUCCUUUCAUGCAUCAAAACCCAAGUUCAACAU